GAGAGAGAGAGAGAGACCGUGCUUACUUUGUAGUUGCCGUGAGCCGCGUGACAGUUUGCAGAUGCCGACAGAUGUGCCCGAAGACAGACUCAACAACGAGGAGAAAGCGACCAAGUGUGACAGUAUGACUCUGUCCAGCACCCCGACUGUUCGCAGAGGAAGCACUCCUCUGCCAAUUAAGCACCAGCUCAGACGUGAAGAAGCUGUCCACGAUGACGCUGACUGGACAUCAGGUGCAGCCGGACCUUCUGCAUCACCGAUCAGCUUCAGCCCAGCCUUGGACGACACUCUGACCGUGUCCGUGGAGGGCAGGCCUGACGGGCCUUUAAGAAUCGCCCUGCUGGGGCAGAAUGGCGUGGGGAAGUCUUCUCUGGCCAUCGCUCUGGCUGGGGACAUGGACAGGACCGCGUCUGUGGACUCUGAAGGGGAGGGUUAUGUGCGCACAGUCACCGUGGAUGAUGAGGAGAGCACCAUCAUUAUCUAUGACAACUGGAGACAGGACCUGUCGGCUCUGCUGUGUGAGGUGUGCGUCCUGGUUUUUUCAGUGACUGACAGGCGUAGUUUCCACCGCACCGCUCAACUCCGGCUUCUCCUGAGGGAGACUCAGCCCCAGACUCCCAUCAUCCUCGUCGGUAAUAAGAGCGACCUCGUUCGCACGCGCGAGGUCACCUCUCAGGAGGCCAUGUCCAGCGCCGCCCUCUACAACUGUCUGUAUCUGGAGAUCUCUGCCUCUCUGGACCACCGUACUCCAGAGCUGCUGGAGUGCGCCGUGCGGCUAGCCAGGGGCCAGUCCCCCUGGCCCCCGGGGACCAGCGCGGAGGACAUGAGCGGCGGUCAACGGGAGAGCAUCACCUCCCGUGCCAAGCGUUUCCUGUCCAGCCUGGUGCCCCGGUACCCGCGAGAGCGAGAGGUGGGCAAGUUCAUGAGGCAGAAGUCCCGCUCGUGCCACGACCUGGGGGCGCUGUGA